AUGGGAUACACCAUAGAAGACGCCUUCAUCCCAUCAAGCCGCGACGGGUGCAAGAUUGCAAUCUCCAUCUACAAGCCCGACGGGGUCAAACGGCCGAUGCCGACCGUCGUGAUGGCGCACGGCAUCGGGGCCAUCAAGGCGGCCGGCCUGUCCCCGUUCGCGAGCGAGUUCACCUCGGAGGGCUACGCCGCCGUCACGUUCGACUACGUCGGCUUCGGGGAGAGCGAGGGCACGCCGCGGAACGUGCUCGACGUGCGGCGCCAGCUCCAGGACUUCCGGGACGUCGUGCGCUGGGCGCGCGAGCCCGAGCAGGGCGGCUGGGUCGACGCCGCCCGCCUCGUCGCGUGGGGCAGCAGCUUCGGCGGCAUGCACACCACGGCCCUGGUGGCCGAGGACCACGGGCUGGCGGCGGGCAUCGCGCAGUGUCCCCUCGUGGACGGGCGCGCCGGCGCGAUGAAGAUGCCCCUGGGCCGGUCCCUGAGGCUGGCCGCCGCGGCCGUCGCCGACAUCGUGGGGGCGUACUUACUGGGCGCCAGGGAGCCGCGGUACGUGGACCUGGUCAGCGACGGCUCGACCACGGCGGUCAUGGCCUCGAAAGAGGCGGCGGAGGGCUGGGCCCGCUUGACGCCCAGGCACGGCGAGGAGUGGCCCAACAUCAUCGCCGGGCGCUCCCUGCUGAACAUCAUGAUGUCUCGGCCGCUGCUUCAGGUCCACAAGAGCACGCGCCCGUACCUGAUCGUUCUGCCGACAUGGGACCACGAGGCGUCGUUGGACGCUGCCGAAGAAUGCGUGAGGCGGGCACCUCUAGGAGAGUGCUUGAGGGUCGAAGGCGGGCACUUCGACUUGUACGAGGGCGGUGUUGCGUACGAGAAGAACAUUGCAGGCCAGAAACUCUUUCUACGACGAGUUUUGCGUCAGGAGGCCGCCACGGGGUGA